AUGGGUGGUCCCCAGAGGCAGGUCCACAGACUCCAGCUCCGCACAGAUGUGAGUGAAGUCCUCGUCCUCUCGCUCCUCCGUCCCAGACUCUGCUCCUGUCGCCAUCAGAGCUCCAGGUUCAGUUCAGAGCUCCAGGCUCAGCUCAGAGCUCCAGGCUGCAGUUCAGAGCUCCAGGCUUCAGCUCAGAGCUCCAGGCUGCAGUUCAGAGCUCCAGGUUCAGCUCAGAGCUCCAGGCUCAGCUCAGAGCUCCAGGUUCAGUUCAGAGCUCCAGGCUGCAGUUCAGAGCUCCAGGCUCAGCUCAGAGCUCCAGGUUCAGUUCAGAGCUCCAGGCUGCAGUUCAGAGCUCCAGGCUCAGCUCAGAGCUCCAGGCUGCAGUUCAGAGCUCCAGGCUUCAGCUCAGAGCUCCAGGCUGUAGUUCAGAGCUCCAGGCUCAGCUCAGAGCUCCAGGCUGCAGUUCAGAGCUCCAGGCUUCAGCUCAGAGCUCCAGGCUCAGUUCAGAGCUCCAGGUUCAGCUCAGAGGUCCAGGCUCAGUUCAGAGCUCCAGGCUGCAGUUCAGAGCUCCAGGCUGCAGUUCAGAGCUGGACACAUGCUUCAUCAGCACAAAGGAAGCCUGGCAGAGACAAGGACCUUGUGAUUCAAUGA